CAAAAUAUUUUGAGACAGUACCUAAUUCUUAAAAUUCAUAAAUAAUUUAAAGAGAGAAAUAAAAAAGUAUAAAAUAUUUAAAUUUUUUAAAUAAAAUUCCUCAAUAAGCUACAUUCAAGGAAAGAACAAAAAGUGAUGCAGCUUCACAACAAUGAGAAAAAAAGAAAAAUAAAAUUAACGUUACGCAGGUUAUAUUCUGUUUACAUUAUUUUAAUUUGUUUCUAUAGGAGGAUAAUCUUUCUUGAAUGUCGGAUUCUAAAGAAGCUGUUACUGAAAAGAAAGGGCGUGGGAGUCCUUCAAACUCUGAUAAGAAAGACACGAAUGAGAGAAAAAGAAAUGCAGAAGCCGAUAAAAAUUAUUCUCCACCAGCUAAGAAAGGUCGGGGAAGACCCAAAGGAUCAACCAAAAAAUCUAAAAUCAAAAAACCUGACCCAAUGCCCAAAGCACCUCGCAAAGCUAAAAAUGUGUCAAGUUCAGAAUCAGACGAAAAAAACUUAAUUAAUAAAACUUGUUCUAAAAUGAAACUUAGUUCAGGUUUAAUUGUGAUUUUAGGCUUUAUUGCCUUAGCAAAUUGUGAAGUUUUCUUCGAAGAAAAGUUCUUAGAUGACUCAUGGGAGAAAAACUGGGUGUAUUCGAAACACGAGGGCAAAGAAUUUGGUCAGUUUGUAAGAACUGCUGGUAAAUUCUUCAACGACGAAGAGCAAGAUAAAGGUCUUCAAACGUCACAAGAUGCUCGCUUUUAUGCCCUUUCAACAAAAUUCACUCCUUUUUCAAACAAAGAUAAGCCACUUGUGAUUCAAUUCAGUGUUAAACAUGAACAGAAUAUCGAUUGUGGUGGUGGAUAUCUCAAGGUCUUCGAUUGUUCAUUAGAGCAAACAGACAUGCAUGGUGAAUCGCCAUAUCUGAUUAUGUUUGGACCUGAUAUCUGCGGACCAGGUACAAAGAAGGUUCAUGUCAUAUUCAGUUACAAAGGAAAGAAUCAUUUGAUAAACAAAGAGAUUCGUUGCAAAGAUGACGUUUUCACUCACUUCUACACAUUGAUUGUACAACCUGACAAUACCUAUGAAGUGUUGAUUGAUAAUGAGAAAGUUGAAUCAGGAUCAUUGGAAGACGAUUGGGAUUUCUUGCCACCAAAGAAAAUUAAGGAUCCAGAAGCAAAGAAACCAGAAGAUUGGGACGAACGUGCAACAAUUCCAGACCCAGAUGAUAAGAAACCAGAAGAUUGGGACAAACCAGAACACAUUCCAGAUCCAGAUGCCACAAAACCUGAUGAUUGGGAUGAUGAGAUGGAUGGUGAAUGGGAGCCUCCACAGAUUGAUAAUCCUGACUUCAAGGGUGAAUGGAAACCAAAGCAAAUUGAUAAUCCAGCAUACAAAGGAAUCUGGAAGCAUCCAGAAAUUGACAAUCCUGAAUACACAGCUGAUGAGAACAUUUACCUUCGUGAAGAGGUUUGCACAGUCGGUCUUGAUUUGUGGCAAGUGAAAUCUGGAACGAUUUUCGACAACAUUCUCUUCACUGAUGAUCCUGAAUAUGCUAAGACAGCAGCUGGUACCUUCAAAGCUACACAAGAAGGUGAAAAGAAAGUGAAAGAUGAACAGGAUGAAGAAGAAAGAAAGAAGGCUGAAGCUGAAGCAAAGACAGAAGAGAAGGACGAAGAUAAUGAAGAUUUAGACGAUGAAGAAGACACACCAGGAGAGGCAACAGAAGACGUCGGAGAUCACGACGAAUUGUAAAUUAUUCGAUCUUCAUAUGAGUUCCAAAACAACAACAAACUGAGCAACUAAUUUAUAAGAACCGAGUUUGAUUUAGAACUUAAAGACAAAUUGAAAAUAAUUCUCCCAUCGCACUGACAUCACAAUAAUGUGGGAGUUGUUAGGGUCAAAUAAUUCGUGGAAUAAUUUAGCAAUUUUUUUGUCGUACCUAGAAUCUUAUUUAAUGAAAAGUUUACGUUUAGAAAAUCUUUUCUAAAGCAAAAAGAAUUAAGAAUUUUCCAAACAAGUCAAAAGGAAAGAAUUUCUUUUUUUGUCGUCUUAAUCACGUUCGAUAAUUUUCCUCUCUUUCAUAUCGAACAUAUCGUGUGAAAAUGAAAUUUGAUCUUCUUAUUAAUAUCCAAAAAAUUUUUGUUUACAAUCAUCACAUUGGAGACAGAAAAGAUUUUUUGUGUUCUGUGAACUCCGUUACACGAAAUGAAUGAUGAAUUAAUCUUUUUAUAACGUGAAAUGCUGAAAAAUAAAAAAUAAACUAAAAAAAUCAAAGA